AUGGCCCCGAGGAACACCCCCGUUCCUGGCCGAAGGCCCCGGCACUGCCCUGUUUGCCACACCGCAGUCGCGGGGCGAGUUUCCGAGGGGGAGGAGCAGCGCGGGUUCCCCACGGACACCCCACCGGGAAGCCGUUCCGCGCAAGCCCGGCGGGCGGGGGAAGGAGCGGGCGGGGGAGACCGGCGGCGGCAGCAGGGAGGCGGCGACGGCGGGGCGGGCAGCGGGCCCGGGGCGUGGCGCGGGUCCGGCGGCGCCGGGAGGCGGCUCAGUCCCCGCUGCCAGCCGAGGGCGGCCGGCCCCGCGGAGCAGCCGCCCAGCCCGGCCCGCCCCGCGCCGGAGCCGCCGCCGGCCGGCGAGGGCGGCAGCAUGAGCGGCGGGCGUAGCGGGCGAUCCGCCGUGAAGAUGGAGGCGCCGUUUUACCCCGAGGAAGGACUGGAGCUGCUGCCCGACUUCGUGCCGCUGCCGGGUUUCGGUACCGCCGGCGGACCCGGAGCCGAUGCGGCGGCGGGGCAGAAGCUGCUGCUGGGCGCUGGGAAGAAGCGGGACCUGCCGGCUGCCGCCCCCGCGCCGCUCCCCGGGCCCUUCGCCCUUCGCCCGCCCGCCGGCGCCCGCGGCAGCGCGGCCGCUCUGCGCUUGCUGCCGCCGCCGCCCGCCGCCGCCGCCGCCCCGCCGCCCACCGCGGGCUCCGCGGAGACGGGCAGCGGCGGCGGGGCGGCGGCGGCCCGCGGCGGCCCGGAGGCCGCGCUGGGGUCGGCUGCGGAGCUGCCGCUGCUGAAGCUGCCGCCGGCCGCCGACCUGGAGCAGCUGCUGAUCCAGGGGGGCGCGGGGCUGGGCGCCGGCAGCCCGGGGCCGACGGCACCCGGGGCGGGGAGCGGCGGGGCGGCGGCGGCGGGGCCGUUCCUCUACCGGCAGCCGGUGACGCAGGAACAGGAGGGUUUCGCCGACGGCUUCGUCAAGGCCCUGGCCGACCUGCACAAGCAGAACCAGCUCCUGGCGGCGCCGCCGCCGCUCUCCGCGCCGGGACCCUGCUGCACCGCCCGCCCGGGGCCACCGGGAGCCCCCGCCGCUGCCGCCGCCGACCCUCCGGCCGUCUACACCAACUUGAGCGGCUUCAACCCCGCGGGGCCGCUGAGCCCCUCGGGCAGCGCCUACCCCUCCGCCUCCGCCCCGCCGCCGGGCCUGGCCUUCGGGGCGGCGGGUCUGGGCAGCGGGCGGCUGCCGCCGGCGCGGGCCCUGGAGGAGCCGCAGACGGUGCCCGAGGUGCCGCCGUCGGCGGGCGGGGAGGGCGGCAGCAGCGCGCCGACGCCGCCGUCGCUGUCGCCGCUGGACGCGGAGAGCCAGGAGCGGCUGAAGGCAGAGCGCAAGCGGCUGCGAAACCGCAUCGCCGCCUCCAAGUGCCGCCGGCGGAAGCUGGAGCGCAUCGCCCGGUUGGAGGAGAAGGUGAAGGCGCUCAAGGGGCAGAACGCCGAGCUGGCCGCCACCGCCAACCUCCUCCGCGCCCAGGUCACCCAGCUGCAGGGUCGCGUCCGCAGCCACCUCUCCUCUGGCUGCCACAUCAACGCCGCCGGGCAUCCUCCUCCUCCUCCUCACGCCGCCGCCCCGCCGCGGGAGACUCCCCCCGAGGCGGCCGCCGCCGCGCCGGAGACCAGCGCCUGCUGAGGAGGGACACCGCCGGCCCCGGCCCGCCCGGGGGCACCGCGGGGCCAAGGUGCGCGCCUGCCGCCGCCAUUCUGCCAUUAUUAUUA